AUGUAUGGAGACAUUAUUUUAUGGACCAGAAAAUGUUACUCCAUCAACCCUGAAAGAGAGAUCACAUCUGUUGAUAUGGACAAGGUACUGAUGAUACUGACUUUGAUCAUGUCUGGUCGUGUGUCAGCAGAAAUUAUUUUCACAGUUUUACCGACCAGUAAAGCAGUUGUGUUUGGGAAUGAUUUGACACUGGAUUGUAAUGCCCAGGAUACAACUGAUCCAACAAAGAAACUGUCAUUUUAUUGGUUCUUUAACUCUGUGUCAAGUCCCCCUGGGUCUUCCAUCUUUACAAAUCACUCCCUGCUGGUUCGGGAUUUGAGUGAAACACAAAUUGGAAACUAUACAUGUGGAGUUAUGUCUGAUGAUUUGAAAACUGUUUUGGCACUUUCACCCCCUGCUGUGAUCAUUCAUGCUUGUACAGGAAAGGUCAAGAAUGAGGUCAUACAGGAUUUAGAGAUAGAGAAAGUAGAAAAUGCUUCAGAUUGUCAAGAUAUGAAGAAAGUAGAAAAUGCUUCAGAUUGUCAAGAUAUGAAGAAAGUAGAAAAUGGUUUAGAUUGUCGAGAUAUGGAGAAAGUAGAAAAUGCUUCAGAUUGUCAAGAUAUGGAGAAAAAAAAGAUGAUAAAAUUUGAAAAUGUGACCCAAUUUGCAGAGCUAUCCAAGAAGUGUGAUUGGGUUAUUCGGACCUUUCUUACGAAUCCAGCAUCAAUGAGUGUAACAGAAGGAGAAGUUGUGGAGCUGGAGUGUGUUACAGGUGAGAGUGCCCCUGCUCCUGUUGUCACCUGGGAGAAAAAUGGCAAACAGUUCUUUGAAGGAGAUCAGUUCACCUCUGUAUUUGGGAUGUCAAGUAUUCCAGGAGUCAUCUCCCAGUAUGCCAUGAAACUUGUAAUCCAGACGUCAUCGUAUGAUACUGGCGAGUACAACUGUGUGGCCCGUAACACAGCUCUUGGUGUGGAGGUCAGGUCACUGAAAGUCAACUUACUGGUUGAAGCCUUAGAAAAAGCACCAUAUGUAGAUAGCUCACUGUACAUGGAGAAUGUCAUCGCCCCUCGGAACCAGCCCCUUCAACUUGUAUGUCCAAUCAGGGGCUACCCUAUCCCACAUAUCACAUGGGAGUUCAAUGGAUCCCCCUUUAUCAGUACCGACUAUACCCAACUGUUUCCCAAUGGCAGUAUAUAUAUUGUGAAUCUUGAGGAGAAGGAUGAUGGACCAUACAUUUGUGAGGGAGUGAAUUUCCUGGGAAGUGUAAAGUCAGACAUGAUCAAUGUCAGAACUGCCUUUAUAGAAAUGGAGUUUGUGAGCGAGCCGUAUCGUGUGUUCACUAUAGCAGGCCAAUCUCAGACUCUGCCUUGCAGUCCACCUCGGAGUUAUCCCCUCGCCACAGUCAGCUGGUAUAAAAACAACAAACCAGUGGUGUACCGAACUGGACAGCAGGCUGUGUUCAUUGUUGACCCAGCCAACAAUGUGUGGGAUCUUUUCUUUGCUGAAGUCCAGAAACCAGAUGAAGGAGAGUACUUUUGUGUAGCUUCUAAUAACUAUUCAGUACCUACAACAAGAACGUCGAGUACUGCUGUGAUAAGUAUAGGAGGUGCUCCAAUCUUCCUUCAGCCUCCGAUUGGUGUGACUGUCAUCAAGGGUGAAGGUGUGACUUUGACCUGCUUGGUUGAAGGUGACCCCUUUCCAGAGAUCCGUUGGCUACAGGACCGCAUCAAUGUAGUUCCUAACAGUCAAGUGACUUUUACUCGUAAUUACCAAGAGAUACACAUAGCAGACAUCAACAAAGCUUAUGAGGGCACCUACACCUGUAGGUCCAGUAACAGUUAUGGAGUUAGGGAAACAGAUGCCUAUGUUAGAGUCUUAGUUCCUGUUGUAAUUACCAAUCCAGUAGCUAAUCUCACAGCCAAGGCUGGGUCAGAGGUCAAACUUACCUGUGGUGUGUAUGGCGAUCCCAAACCUACUGUAGUAUGGUACAAAGACUCUGUAUUGCUGACACCUAGUGAACGUUUUUCACCCGUGGAUGAUGGCCUCAUUAUUCAUGAUGUAAUGAUUGCUGAUGCUGGGUUUUAUGGUUGCCAAGCAACCAAUGAGGCUGGAGAGGCAACAUCACAGGCUGAACUAGUUGUUUUAGCUACUCCAUUCUUCAUCCAGAUCCCUGAGGAUCAGGUGGUGUUGGCUGGCCAGGGAUUUAAUCUGACCUGUGAAGUUGAUGGAAACCCUAAACCCUCAGUGGAUUGGCUCUUCAAUGGAACUAAUUUAUUUCCACCUGGAAUUUUUGUGUCCUUGGACAAACGCCACCUUCAGGUGACUGACACCUCGUGGCUACAUGUGGGUAAAUACACAUGUGUUGCAGCCAGUAUGGAGGGAGCCAUCAGUUCUACAGCCAUCAUUUCUUUACACGUACCACCACGAGUAUACAGAAUUGUUGGUAACGCCAUUGUGUACAUCACUAAGGACCUGGAACUGACGUGUCUAGUAGAUGGUGUUCCUGCUCCAAACAUCAACUGGAAACACAUUGGCCAGCAGAUCGGACCUUCAUUUGAUGGCCGUGUGUCCUUCCCUGAGAGACAUAGACUACUGGUCAAGGUCGCAGGGCCAUCAGAUGCAGGAGAAUACAAAUGUGUUGCAGAUAAUUUGGCUGGCAGAUCGGAGAUGACCAUUGAUGUGUUUGUUAUUGAGCCACCUAUCCCACCUCAGGUGAUGGAUCCAACACCAAUAUCCUCCUCAGCCAUACAGGUAGCAUGGAAACCUGUCACUCAGAAAACUCAUACGAUUGUGUCCCAGUAUGUUCUCUACUACAAGGAAAAGAUAGACCUGGAUUAUACUAGACAUCCUGCUAUCAUCCUUGGAACAGAGACAGCAUUCCUCGUGCAGUACCUCACCCCAGGGGCAGAGUACUUUUUUACCAUGGCAGCUGUCAACUCUGCAGGGGAAGGGGAACGCAGUAAUGUCAAGAUUGCAAAGACAUUUGACUCAGGUCCAUCAGCUCCUCGGAAUCUCCAUGUGACAGAUGUCGGCCCCACCCAAGUGGAACUGUUAUGGGAAAUUCCUGCUCAGACAAACGGGGAGAUUAGGAAGUACAGGAUCUGGUACAGACAGAGAGCGGGGGGGCUUGGUCCAAAAACUAUUGAAUUCUUCAUUACUGGACUGGUGGUUGCCCCUACCUAUACUGUCAUGAACCUUGACCCUUACACUGACUACGAGUUCUCUGUACAAGGGGCUACCAUAGAGAAUGGCAUUGAACUGUGGGGAAACUUGUCCACAACAAUAGACACAAAAACAGGUGUCACAGCCCCGAGUGGCAGUCCAGUGGACCUGAUGGUGAUCGCUCUCUCGCCCUAUGCAGUGCAGGUCACCUGGAGUCCUGUUCCAUUGCCUUUACAACGUGGCCCUAUUACAAAAUAUCAUGUCCGCUAUCGGCCUGCUGCAACUUUCACCUUUCUGUCAGACAUCAGCAUCAACAAUGGUGAUCUAAAAGUCAAUGUCACCGGGCUGUUGCCAUGGAGCUGGUAUUCGUUUCUUGUGGAGGCUGAAAAUGCAGGAGGUGUUGGGCCACCUUCCAAUGAGAUUGUUGUCCGCACCAAACAAGCUGCACCUUCUGGACAACCUGUAAAUCUAGUUGUUGAAGCCAUAUCCAUGGAUACAAUUAAGGUGAUGUUUAGUCUGCCUGACCCUGCUACAUGGAAUAGUGAACUGACUGGGUUUUUGGUCGAGUAUGGUAAAUAUAGGGACAGUGAUGAUACUUCAGAAACAAUAAACACAUACAGUCUGGACUCCCUCAGUCUCAACAUCAGUAACUUGGAGGCAUGGACAGAGUACCAGGUGCGUGUUGCUUUGAUUUCUGGCCCUUUCAACACCUUGCAAGGACCAUUUACAAACUGGGCAGUCAUCAAGACUCAUGAAACAGUGGCAGGGACAGUGAGGAAUAUACGAUUUACAGCAACUCCAACCAGUAUCACAUUAAACUGGGACCCUCCUUCACAGCUCAAUGGAAUCAUCCAAGGCUACUUUGUGGAUUAUUACAUCUUGUCAAGUGAGGGAGGAGCAAAUGAAAAUGAAGCACAGGAAAAUGAUGAGGGAAAUAGAACAGCUGGCAAUGACAUUAGUGUAAACAAUGAUGCAUCAGAACAGGCUGUGAAAAAUAUAAAAGAAAUGGCUACAUCAUCAUUGAAAUUACCAUACCACCUUGUCAAGCGAAAUGUUGAUCAGUCCAGAGAGGGUAACCUUCCAGCUUGGGUCACAACAACUGACCGCAACAAACUUAAAACUACUUGUAGUAUUCUCAUAAGAACAAAUCCAUCAGCCCUUCAGCUUCUUGACACAAUAUUACUGAACAUGAGUAGUGCCUUUAAUCGAGACAGUGGUGAUGAAACUGCAGCACUUCUGUCAGACAUCUUGGCAGCUUGGUCAGCGCGACUGGACAAUGCCCAGCUAGUAUACAACACCAGUACAGGGCUGAUGUCACUACAGGAAGAGGUCUGGACUUGGCUGCUACAGGGCAAUGUGUCAUUAUGGAAUGUGUGUUACAAUCUACAUGACCAAGAUGGCACCACCUCAAUGAUCUCCCUGACAACUACUUCCACAGCAGCAAUUCUACUUGACUUACUGCCCUCGUCUACAUACUCCAUCACAGUUUCUGCUUUUGGUGAUGCAGGCAGAGGAGAUAACCACACCAUUAACGUUACUACAGACAAGUUACCUCCACCUCCUCCGCCUCCGUCAACUCCUGCCCCUACCACUCCUUCCCCACCUCCUCCCUCAACAACAGUAGGUCUACUGGCAACAGGAGCAGACAACUCUGAUGAGUUUCUGGCGGCAGUGAUUGGGGGAAGUCUAGCUGGUGUGUUCCUGGUUACCAUGGUGUUAAUUCUUGGUAGAAGCAAAACCCCAGAACCAAUUAUUCUUGACAAUGAUUCAAGGGCAAGUUCCUCAAGGACUGGGUCAGGGACAUCUUCAAUUGUGGAGGAAAAUGGACAGUAUGGUCAAGUAGAUAUCAAUAUUGAUGAUGUACGGUUUGAUGCAGCCAGUACUAUGAGAACAGUUCCAGAAGGUUAUGGUAGCCUGAAGGGAGCUAGUAAUAUGACGCUGCAGGUACCAAGUCUGGCCAGGAGUGCACACUCUGUUACAGGUGUACAGAAUCCCAUGUUCAUGGGUGAUCAGCAUCACCAUGGUUACCAGGAAGAAGAUCAAGAAUCAAUGGCUGUUUCCAUGGCGCUGUCAGCUGAAGAAGUGUACUCUCAGGCUAGUAAUACACUGAAAAGGAAGAACCGUAUGCGGAGUGAAUCAGCAGCAGCCAUUGCUGUAAUGAGGACGAGUGCUAUUCCCGACAUUGGAGCACUUCAUGGGAACGAUACUGAGAACCUCAUUAAAAACGACUCAGUGGUGGUUUACACAGAACGAACAGCACUGUGA